AGGGGCCAGGGGAAGAUGAGAGUUCCUAUGCCCUGGCUCUUCUCCUUCUUCAUGAUCACCGAGGGCUGGAAUGGCUUCCUGGGGAGUGAUGAUGGCAUCAAAACAAAGCAAGAACUCAUUUUGAAUAAGAAAAAGCCUCUAGGUCCAAUCCAGGAAUACGAGCUGCUGCUUCAGGUAGCCUAUCGAGAUUCCAAGGAGAAAAGAGACGUGAAGAACUUUCUGAAGCUUUUGGAGCCUUGCCCUGUUUUUGGGCCAGUGAAGAUUAUCAGAGCAAAGGCCACCACGUACUGUGGCAUCCAGAACGGGGUCCUGCGCUGUGCCUGUGACGACGGCUACUCCUGGUUUCCUCCCUCAUGCCUUGAUCCCCAGAAAUGCUACCUUCACACGGAGGGAUCUCUCCAGAGCUGUGAUUGUCAUCUCAACAACCUCACCCAGAGUGUCCAUUUCUGUGAGAGAACAAAGGUUUGGGGUACUUUCAAAAUUGAUGAAAGAUUUACAAAAGAUCUUUUGGAUUCAUCUUCUGCUAUAUACUCCAAAUAUACCACUGGAAUUGAACUUCAACUUAAAGAAGCCUACAAAAGUAUCCAAGGUUUUGAGUCAGUUCAAGUCACCCAGUUUCGAAAUGGAAGCAUCAUUGCUGGGUAUGAAGUUGUUGGUUCCAGCAACACAUCUGAACUGCUGUCAGGCAUUGGGCAGGCGGCUAAGAAGGCUAAGACAGGCCUGCAUCAGCUGUUUCCACUAGAAGACAACUCUUUCAGAGUGUUCGGAAAAGCCCAGUGUAACAGCAUAGUCUUUGGAUUUGGGUCUAAGAAUGAUGAGUAUACUCUUCCCUGUAGCAGCGGCUACUCCGGAAUCAUCACGGCCAGGUGCCAACCCUCUGGGUGGCAUGUCCUCAGGGAGACGUGUGUGCUCUCUGAGCUGGAAGAACUGAAGAAGAACUUCAGUGUGAUUGCCAGCAACGCCACUGAGGCAACCGUGUCAUCCUUGGUGCAGAAUCUUUCAAUGGUCAUUCAGCAAAACCCAUCAACCACCGCCGGGAAUCUGGAUUCUGUGGUGUCAAUUCUGGGCAAUAUCUCAUCCCUGUCCCUAGAAAGACACUUCAGUGUGUCCAGUUCGACAAUGGAGAAUGUCAUCAGUAUAUCUGACCACAUCCUUAAUUCUACCUCGGUGACCAACUGGACAGUGUUACUUCAGAAAGAAAAGAAUGCCGGGUCCCAGUUCCUAGCGUCACUGGAAAACAUCAGUGUUCUGGUCCCUUCGACAGCUCUGCCUCUGGAAUUUUCUCAAGAAUUCAUUAACUGGAAAGGGAUUCCAGCAUCCUCAAAUCAAAGCAAUUUGGGUUACAACUAUCAGACUGAAAUGUUCCUAAAAAACCCUUCCAUUCCCAUCAGAGGCCAUGCAUUAAUUAGGUCAGAUCAAUUCCAGGAGCCCCUUCCAGAAACUAUCAUCAGCAUGACCUCCUUGACCCUGGGGAACAUUCUACCUGCUACCAAAAAUGGAAAUGCUCAGGUCAAUGGGCCCGUGAUAUCCAUGGUUAUCCCAAACUAUUCCAUCAAUGAAAUUUUCCUGACUUUUUCCAAGAUAGAAUCAAAUCUGAGCCAGCCUCAUUGUGUGUUUUGGGAUUUCAACCAUUCGCAGUGGAACGAUAAUGGCUGCCACCUAGUGAAUGAAACUCCAGACUCGGUGACGUGCCGCUGUACUCACCUGACCUCCUUCUCCGUGCUGAUGUCACCCUCUGUCCCCCCUGCCAUCGUUCCCGUUGUGAAAUGGAUCACCUUUGUGGGACUGGGGGUCUCCAUCGGAAGUCUUGUCUUAUGCCUGACCAUCGAAGCUCUGUUUUGGAAGCAGGUCAGCAGAAGCCAAACCUCGCACAUGCGUCACAUUUGCAUGGUGAACAUAGCCCUGUGCCUCCUGAUCGCAGACAUCUGGUUUAUUGUCGCUGCCUCCGUGCACACCACGGCGAACCCGUCUGGAGUCUGCACAGCUGCAGUGUUCUUUACACACUUUUUCUACCUCUCCUUGUUCUUCUGGAUGCUUCUGCUAAGCUUCCUGCUGGCUUAUCGGGUUAUCCUGGUGUUCCACCACAUGGCCACGCCUUUGUUGGUGGCUGUCGGGUUCUGCCUGGGCUACGGGUGUCCUCUUAUUAUAUCCAUCGUCACCAUUGCGGUCACACAACCCAGCAAUGGCUAUGAAAGGAAAGAUGUGUGUUGGCUUAACUGGUCCGAUGGGAGCAAACCUCUCCUGGCCUUUGCGGGUCCCGCCCUGACUAUCGUGGCUGUGAAUCUGGUGGUGGUCCUGUUAGUUCUCACGAAGCUCUGGAGGCCCGCUGUUGGAGAAAGGCUGACUCAGGACAGCAAGGCCACUGUCGUCCGCGUGGGGAGGAGCCUUCUCGUUCUGACCCCCCUGCUAGGGCUCACCUGGGGGUUUGGCAUAGGAACAAUGGUUGACAGCCAGAAUCCGGCCUGGCACGUUAUUUUCGCAUCACUCAAUGCAUCCCAGGGCUUUUUCAUCUUCUGUUUUGGAAUGCUCUUGGAUAGUAAGCUGCGACAGCUGCUGCUCAACAAGUUUUCUCCUUUAAGCUUUUGGAACCAAGCAUCAAAGCAAAACUCAUCAGAUUCAUCUGUCAAACCCAGAUUCAAAAAGACUUUCAACCCAUUCCAACACAAACGCAACUAUGUACUUUCUUAUACUGGAGAGUCCUCAAACGACAUCACGCUAACUCAGUUUUCAUCAACUGAAUAA